AUGUCAACACCCUACGACCUCGCGCUCAGCGCCAUCGACGCCGGCCACGCCCUCGACCCCAACAAAGUCGACGUGAACGGCGUCUCGACCCCUUACGAACUCCACUACGCCCAAAAAUGCACGUCGUACCUCUCCCAACGCGCCCCAAACGCGUCCGAAACCCUGCGUCUCGCAAUCCGCGCCCAGCACUUUCGCCGGUGGGAAGUGCCCCGCUCGUCGUACCCGCAAACCCGCCCGGGCUACCACGCCUGGCGCACGUUUCUGAAAAAACGGCAGGCGGAGCUCGUGUCCAAAAUCUGCUUGGAGGCAGGGUACAGCGAGGUGGAUGCGGAGCGUGUAGGCGCGCUGAUACGGAAAGAGGACCUAAAGGAAGACGAGGAGACGCAGGUGCUGGAGGAUGUGGCGUGUCUUGUUUUCCUGGAUGAUCAGUUUGAGGCGUUUGAGCGCGAGCAUGAUGAGGACAAGAUUAUUGGGAUUCUGAGGAAGACGUGGGGGAAGAUGAGCGAGAGGGGGCACGAAUUGGCGUUGGGGAUGGAUAUGCCUGGGAGGAGGGGGGAGGUGUUGAAGAAGGCGUUGGGGGGGACGUAG